GUACUUCAGUUUCUACUACGCCUUGUAAAUUCGUGGUUCUCGCAAAUUUAUUUUCGGUUCAAAUAUGUUUUUAUUGCUCUUAAUUGCCGCUUUGACACUUAUAGUUUUCUAUAUAAAAUGGAAUUACACAUAUUGGCAACGCAAAGGCUUUCCUUAUCAUGAGCCCAAAAUCCCAUUUGGUGUAUUAGAUGGAGUACGUAAGCGUGAAGCUUCAUUGGGCACUGCCAUCUACGAUGUUUAUCGCACCACCAAAGGCAAAGUGGUUGGCAUCUACCUAAUGACACGACCCGCUUUGUUGGUACGCGAUGCUCAAUUGGCAAGGGAUAUAUUGGCGAAGGAUUUCGAAAGCUUUCACGAUCGUGGCAUACAUGUAGACGAUGAAAAGGAUCCACAAUCGAGUGGUGGACUUUUCUUUUUAAAAGGACAGGAUUGGAAAAACAUGCGAGUCAAGUUGGCUCCUUCAUUCACGUCUGGUAAAUUGAAAGCGAUGUUUGGCACGGUGGAGGAUAUCAGCGAUAGAAUGGUAGAUUAUUUGAAUGCACAACUGCCAGACGAGGGUGCAAAAGAAUUAGAAAUAAAAGAAGUAAUGAACACCUACGCUAUAGAUAUCAUUGCAUCAGCGAUAUUUGGAUUGGAAGUAAAUAGCUUCGUAAACCCAAAUAAUGGAAUACUAAACGUCAGCAGAAAAAUCAACGAGCCUACGUUUGGAAGUGUGGUGCGCGCGACAUGCCAGUUUUUAUAUCCCAGCUUAGAGAAGCUGUUCAUCCGUUUGGGUUGGCGAGAGGAGGCUUUCAAAAUGAUGAGGGAAAUCGUAAAACGAACUGUACAAAUGCGUGAGGAGCAAAAUAUUACACGAAAAGAUUUGCUUCAAUUGUUAAUGCAAUUGCGCAACAAAGGUCAAAUAAACACUGAUGACAAUGAUUGGUCAGCAAUUCAAGCAGAUGCAUCAAAGCAUAUGUCCAUCGAUACUAUCGCCACGAAUCUAUUUCUAUUCUAUGCGGCUGGUUAUGAAACGACUGCCUCCAGCGUCUCUUUUACCAUCUUUGAGUUGGCACAACAUCCAGAGGCGUUGGAAAAGGCCCAGCGCGAUGUUGAAGAAGCACUACAAAAACAUGAUAAUAAGUUUACAUAUGAAGCGAUUCAGGAUAUGAAAUACUUAGAUAUCUGUGUAAAGGAAACAAUUCGCAAAUAUCCCGGCUUGCCCCUCCUUAAUCGUCAAUGCACUCACGACUAUCCACUACCGGAUAGUAAUUUAGUGAUUAAAAGUGGUACACCCAUAAUUAUUUCGCUAUUGGGUUUACAUCGUGAUGAAAAAUAUUUCCCUGAUCCUAUGCGUUGGGAACCGGAGCGAUUUAUUAAUAAGAAUUAUGAUCCUGUGGCCUAUAUGCCAUUCGGCGAAGGUCCCAGACAUUGCAUUGCACAACGUAUGGGCCAAGUAAACGGAAAAGUUGCCUUAGCAAAAUUACUGCUGAAUUUCAAUAUCGAAUUACAUCCAGUUCGAAAAGAAAUCGAAAUUGCCAACUUUGGUAUACCAAUUAUGGCCAAAGGUGGCAUACAUGUGCGAUUGUCAACGAAAAAAUCAACACAGCGCGCUUAAGUUAUAUUUUCUGACGAUUUAUUCUUUAAAAUAUAGUAAUAAAUAUAUUUGUGAUAUAUUUACUAUAUUAAGUUACAAAAGCAAAAGAAAAUAACAAGAUUCUUCACUUCAUUGAUUAGGUAACGGUAAGUAAUUGCAUCAUCAUGCAAAUAUGGCAACCAGAAAGUCUGCGUAUAGUUCCAAAACAAACAGCCGAGAUCAUCAAGCUUUGGCUCUUGCAAAAUGCUCCAAAACACCCCAACAGUCGCCCGAUCUCAAUCCUAUUGAACAUCUGUGGGAUCUAUUAGAAAAACGAAUUCGACAACAUGUAAUAACAAGUAAAGAGAGUUUGCGAAAUGUUAUGCGAAGAUAACAACUGAGGAAGCAGAGAAGUUAGUAAACUUAAUAGACCAAAUAGAUUGAGGGAAGUCCUAGAAAAUCGUGACUAUCCAACAAAAUAUUAAUUUUCGUUUUUGUAUAUUAAUUAUAAAGUUUUUCCAAUAUGUUUUAAAACUGUUAUGUGUUGCAGCAUAAGCAUUCCCCGUGCAUAUACGAGGAAUGCUGCUGAAGUGACAGUCCUUGGCCGGAUAUAAAUCCGGGUCGUUCCGGUUACGUAGAACCGACUGUCGUGGGAACGACAUGUUGAUUUACAUGUUGCUGCAAUUGCUUACCGUUAUGUAAACAAUAAAUAUUUUGAUUUAAAUAUUUGAUUUUGUAACUUAAGAAUAUAAUAAAAGAAUAAAUAAAAUGUUUUCAACUAUAAA